AUGGAGGAGAAAGCGGCGGAGACGGUGGCGGCCCCGGCGGCGGCGGUUGCGGUGGAUCAAGAAGUGGCCUACUGCAGCGAGCACCCCUACCCGCCCGGCGCCGCGGCGGCCGCGGGGGUGGCUGCCGGCAGUGGCAUCUGCGCCUUCUGCCUGCAGGAGAAGCUUGGCAUGCUGGUCUCCUCCUCCAAGUCCAGCCCCUUCCACCCGCCGCCUUCCUCCGUCACGCCGACCACCCCUCCGCCCAACAGGCUCGCCACCGAAAAUCUUUAUCCUUCCACCGCCUCUGCCAUGGCGAUCCCGCCGCACAAGGGCAAGACAUCUUCCUCGGCGCCCGCCCCGGUGGCCAGCGGGCUCAGGAGGAGCAAGUCCGUGGCGCCGCGGCCGGAAGAGCCGCAGCUGUCGUCCGGGAUCACCUCUGACGGCCCCCGCAAGAAGAGCUUCUGGUCUUUCCUCUACCCCUCCUCCUCCUCCAGCGGCCACCGGAGCGGGUCGUCGUCUCUGGCCAGUGGGGAGGGCGCCGCGUCCGCGAGGAGGAAGUCGGUGUCGGUGGCUUCGGCGACGUCGGCGUCGCUGGGGCGGAGGCUGGAGGCGAUAGAGGAGCCUGAGAGCCCGGGCCGCCGCAGCGAGGGGUCGUCGUCCUCGUCGUUCGGGAGAAAGGUGGCGCGGUCGCGCUCCGUGGGCUGCGGCAGCCGCAGCUUCUCGGGGGACUUCUUGGAGCGCCUCUCCACCGGCUUCGGCGACUGCGCGCUCCGGCGCGUCGAGUCCCACCGCGAGCCCAAGCCCAAGGGAAGCGCGCUCGGCCACCUUGGCGGCGCCCGCGACGCCGGCGACGGCGACGAGGAUUACGAGUACACGCAGCAGCACAGGAUCAAGUGCGCCGGGUUCUUCGGCGGCAUCGGCGCCGCGCCCCCGGCCUCAUCCUCCUACUGGCUCUCCGCGCCCAGUGGCGGGAGCAGCGCCAGCGCCGGCGGCAACACGAGGGUUUCUGGCACGCGGAGCCACCGGGGCUGGGCGUGGGCGCUGGCGAGCCCCAUGAGGGCGCUGAGGCCGACGAGCUCCACGUCCAGCAAAACCAUCAUGUCGGCAUCCGCGACGGCAGGUGGAUCGGCGGUGGCGACGAGUUAG